GCACGGCUUACGUCAGUUGUCGCCGCCUGUCGCCAACGCGACUGCGCAAGCGACUAAACUGUCAUGGCAACGGCGGCAGCUUGUUCAACUGAAGUUAAAAAGAGUUGGAGCGCACGGUUAGCACAUUGGUUAUGCUAGUUAACCAGACAUACGAUACUGAUCAGCUAGUUGAUAAACUGGCUUGUCGCGUCAUGACCAUGGAGUGACUUCUUGCAGUGUAUUCAGCGGGGAAAGCGCCAUGACCGUCCGCUUCAAGUGUCAGAGUGAAUACCAGAAGAGCUACGGCCUUUCCCGCUCCAGAAGUGCGUCCCCUCAGCGCGGCGCUGCGUCGGCUGGCCUGCGCUCCGAUCAGAUGGGUAUCAGCAGAGAACCAGGCCUUCAACGUCGGAGGAGACUCGAUCCUGGAGGUCUCACUCAGUCCUGCAGCUCUCUGCUGCCACCGGAGCUGGCCCCUCAUGCACAUAAAAUAGCUCCCCCUGCUGCCUACAGAAGUCGCUCAGCCCACCGGAAGGAGCCAAAACCUCCAAGACCUCCUGGAUCACAAGCAGACCCCAGAACUCCUGCAGAACCUGAAACUCCAGCAGGACUACGACCCACUGCAGGCCCAGGACCAUGUCCUGCUGUAGACCCAGGAUCUGCAGAAGAACCACGACCUGCUGCAGACCCAGGACCAUCAGUAGAUGCGAAGCCGAACCCUUCCAAAUCUGAUGGCCAACCACAGCUCGGCCGACCUGUGACAGCAGCACCUGCUGGACAGCAGCGCUCAGCUGAUAAGGUUCAGCAUGCUCUACGGUGGAGGGCAGGGCUGAGGUCAGGGGGUCAAAGGUCAGGAGGUCACAGGUCAGAGUACCACACACAGUUCAGCUGGAAGAAACCUGCAGCUGCUGCUUCACCAAUUCUGACUGCAGAACAGGUGCUCCACUCCAGCAGCAGAUCUGUACCCCCCUUCAACAAGAACCCCGUUCCCAUGGAGACGGAGUAUGGCCAGAGCUUUCAGGGUCUGGCCCAGCCCACUGCACCCCACCUUUGGAAGCAUCUGGAACAUCAGAGGGUCCCGCUGUUCCACACACUGACGACCAACAAAAAGAGGAAGGAGGACUCAGAGAGGAAGCCCCGUCCCAAACUGGAUGUCCCCAGCCUUCAGAGAGAGGAUACCAAACCUCCUCCUCCGCCUCCUCAGGUGCGGAGAGGCCACAGGAUGUUGACAGAGUAUGAGACCAGCUUUCGUUCUCCUCUCUACAGGAUCCCAGAGGAAGGUGGAGUCGUGGACGGCGAGGCCCCUCAGGUGAAGGAGUUGAGGCAGCAGGCCUCGACGUACCGCCGUCGAGCCUGGGGGACUAAUUUCUCCAGAGAUCACCUGAGCCAGCUGUUGUCUGAACACAACGCUCUGUGGGAGCCGACAGACACCACAGACUCAGCGACUGACCCUCCGACCCCUCGCCCGACCUUUGACCUCUGUCACAACCCGGACAGCCGCAGCACGUCCCGCGUGGAGGCCCUGGACCUGCCCAGCCGCUCCAGUAAGUCCAGCAGGUCUUCGGUUGUGGGCUCGGCAGAAAUCCACCACUCAGACAAAAACACACCAAUAGAAGGAGCUGCUGAGAGGCAGACGGCCUGGGAAGAAGAAGAAGAAGAAGAAGAAGAAGAAAAUACAGAUGAGGAGGAGGGGAGGUUACCGACUCCGAGGCUGAAGAUGCUACCUGUUCAGAGAACUCACCAUGACCUCACCACACCUGCCACGGGAGGCGCUCUGCUGGUGGGAAAACUGAGGAGCAGUGAUGACUUGUCUCCAUCCAAACAACAGAGGUGUGGAUCAGCUGUUUCCAUGGCAGCGGGGGCGGAGACUGUGGUGGAUGUUCCAGUUAGACAUAAAGAGGCGUGGUCAGAGAACAACUCCACUCGCCGCUCCUCCUCCUCCUCUGGCCCCUCCUCCUCCCACAAACCAGCUUCCGGCUCUCCCUCUAAACCAAUCAGGAUGAAGCAAAGGCCUCCAUCCCCUGUAGCCCCGCCCCCUCUGGCUCCGCCCCCACACUGUAUCCAAGGCUCUCUGCGGCACCCCGACUUCCAACACAACGGUGAGUUGGGUUUGAGGUUCAGGGAGCUGCAGUGUUCAGGCGGAGGCUGCGGCUCAGACGAAGACGACCGGCUGUCAGCGAUGUCGUGGCGUUCGGCGGCCUCGUGCGGCGUGGCGUCCGCCGUGCUGGAACGCGCUCAGAAGAGACGGACAGAAGUCAGUUUGGUGUCGGUUUCCUUUUCCACUGGAACAAAGCACACGGAGAGCUGCAGUACUCUGGAGUACUGCAACAGGUAGCAGUACUCUGUCGCAGUACGCCAUCAGAGUAACACACAGCAUAUAAGUGGAUUCCAACUGUUGAAGCUUUCAUGUGUUCAUCACUUCAUGUCGCAGCUGGUCAGAGUUACGUUCUGCUGGGUAUCAGUACAGUAUUUGUGUACUUGUACUUGGCUGUCUUCCACCACUCAGCAGUAACACUCGUGAUGUGCGUUUCCUCUCCGAGUCUAACCUGCUGUUGUUCAUUUUCUGGCAACUUUAUUGAGAUGGGAAUUCACGUCGGCAGCGUCAGCCGGGUGUGAAGUGGUGAAGCAGCUGACUGUGAAUUCCCCUCGUAACGACGUACAGAACAAACAACGUAAACGCGAGGGACGGAGAAGACCGAGUGGAGCAACACACACGUCAAACACACCGCCAGGACUGGACUCACGUUCAGUUUUAUGUCCUCAUUAAAUCUGAUACAUAACCCCGUACAUUUACUCACCCACCGUGCUGAAGUAUCAUUUUGAGGUACUUCAGUAUUUCCUUUUUUUUUUUGCAACUUUGUACUUUCACUAAUAUAUAAUAUAUUUUACUUAUUUUGCAGAUUUAGUUCAAUGAUACAGAAAAUAAUCACCUAAUAAAUUAUGAUGUAAAAUCAAAGAUCACAAGCUGCACCUGAACAUGAACUGUAUGAAGUGGUUAAACAAAGUGAUUAACACAUGAAAGCAUCAGCAAUCCAGUAAAAGCAGAACUUUUAUUUGUAAGAGUAUUUGUACACUUUUACUUAAGUAAAAGUUGUGAGUACUUCCUCCACUUCUGUACUCGUAUAAAGUUCUUAUUUCUAUCAUAACUUCUGACUUUUCACCUUUUUAACGCAGCACUUUUCACGGACAAAGAGGGAAAAAAAUGCUAGAA